CUAACUAUCUACAAUUUGCCUCCUUGGUUAUGCAUGAAGUCUAGAUACAUUAUGUUGUCCCUUCUAAUAUCUGGGCCUAAACAACCUGGAAAUGACAUUGAUGUGUAUCUAGCGCCUCUCAUUGAAGAUUUGAAAUUGUUGUGGAAUGAAGGUGUCCAAAUGUUUGAUGCAUAUAGUAAAACCAAUUUCACUUUACGUGCCAUGAUUUUUUGUACGAUAAAUGACUUCCCAGCUUAUGGGAAUUUGUCGGGGUACACUGUGAAGGGAAGAACUCCUUGCCCCAUUUGUGAAGAUGAUCCAUUUGCAAACAUACAGGAACCGGUUCCUUGUCGGCUAUCAUUGUUGAAAAAUGACUCUGAGAAAGUCAUUGUAGCUGAAGGUACAUAUCAUCCGGAGUUAAUCCUUGAUCAUCAUAGUAACCUCCUUCCGGAUCACGUGAGGGUGAGUGUUGAUGAUUUUUUUGACGAGUUCAAAGAAUUCUCGGUUCCAGUUCCUUCUUCAGUCAUCAAGAAACUUAAGCAUGCUCACAGUACAUUUACCCAAUGGCCGAAAGACUUGGUUUCACUCAUGCAUGACAAGGAAUUCAUAUCAAAUAAGAACAAUGGUAACAACAAAGCGGCCAAAGAAAACAUGCAAGACAAACUGAAAGUAGUUGAAAGUGGUCGCGAAACAAAAGAGUCCAACACCAAUCCAAAAAAAGUUUUUCUUAUGGAUUAUGCUUUGGAAAACUUGUCUCAGAAGUGUGGGUCUUUGAAUAGUUUGUUAUCUUCAUUACCCGAAGGUGAAACUAUUAAGGUUAAGGCUGAUGCUUGGACCUUUAGUUAUGAAGACAGUAAGGACAUCAUUAUCAAACGUGAAGAUGUCAAUCAACUUCUCACAGGAGCUUGGCUGAAUAUUUCAGUUUUGCAAGUGUUUAUGAUGGCCUUGAGUGACUUACUCGAUAUGGAGGAAGUGGCUUCCAUUGGAUUCAUGUGUCCGGAAAUGAUUUCAGAAACCUAUUUGCAUAGUGAUGCUGAUCGUAUCCUACUAUACAUGACACAUGUGAUGGAAAAACAAAAAUCUAAGCAAUUCAUCUUAUGCCCAUACCAUGAAAAGAAUCAUUGGGUUCUUUUAGUCUUAUGCAUGGCUAAGCGUGAAGUCAUCAUCUUUGAUUCUUUGAGGCAGAAGCGAAAUUUAGCAAUUAAGUUUGCAAUGACAAAUGCUUUUCGAAGUUUUAAGGCAUUAAGUGGAAAAUCUAGGGGAAGUAAAUUGACAUGGCAUUUGGGACAGUGUCCUCAACAAUUGGGUGGACGUGAGUGUGGCUACUACGUCAUGCGUUAUAUGUACGAAAUACUUGAACAUCACCAUAGCAGUGAAGAUCUUAUUCAGAAUUUUUCAAGAACUACACCUUACACCGAGGAGGAGAUAAAUGAGAUCCGAGAUAUUUGGGCAGAGUAUUUUAUAUGUAAUGUUGAACUUUAGAUUUACCACUUAGCGCAUGUUUGACUCUUGUUUUGGAUUAUAGGCUUGAAAUGAAGUAAUUUGGUUAAUUGGUGUUGGGAUGAUGAGUAUAAUGUCUAUGAUAUUGAGAUGUAAAUUAUUGGACAGGUUGUUAAUAUAAUGCCGUCAUUCCCAAUUUUAUGGGUAGGCCAAAUGACAAAGGAGACUCUGCCAAAAUUUACAUUUGCAUUAUUCAAUAAUAUUGCAUUUUAAUUUCAA